AAAGGGUAUCAGUGGGUUGGUCUGUAUGUUGCUCAGUGGGCGGACGCACAAACUGCGCUUAUUGCGCUGAAUCCCCUACAGCUCCGUCAAGUGAACUGACGCAUUUGUUCACGUUCAGGCGUUCGUCCUCAGUGCAGGUCAACAGCUGGUGAAGUCAUGUCUGCCUUUCUGCAUCGCUGUCCAUUCCUGAAGUCCUCUCCGGUCCCAAAUUUGAGACAUGUAGGGGGAUUUUUGGGGAUGGCUGACCGAUGCCCCAUCAUUCUCCGCCGGAUCAGCGUACAGUCCACUCAGGGUCAGGAUGAAAAAGGUUUUCUGCCACACAAGGAAACCAAACGCUCCUUGGCUACAUCUGCUGCUCAGGUUGCUGUGUCCAUGACUAAGGCCUGUCCCUUUGUCUCCUCUAAGAUUGGACUAGUUAAAGCCAGCCCUCAAUUGCAGGAGGAUGUCCACUCAGCACUGCCUCCUAUUUCAGAGGAGGAAGUAACUUCAGGAACGAUCAGCUCUGUGUUUAGUGGCUUACAGGGACUUCAGUCAUCUUUCCCAACACACCUUCUGAAAGACAACAUUGUCGGACCCAGUUUUGACUAUGAUGACUUCUUCACUGAGAAGAUCAUGGAGAAGAGGAAUGAUCACACCUACCGUGUCUUUAAGACGGUGAAUCGGUUUGCAGAUGUUUUCCCCUUUGCUGAGGAUUAUUCUGUUCCGGGGCGCAGUGGCUCACAGGUGUCUGUUUGGUGCAGCAACGACUACUUGGGCAUGAGUCGUCAUCCACGUGUCAUCAAAGCAAUAUGGGACGUUUUGGAAAAAAAUGGUGCAGGAGCAGGUGGCACCAGGAAUAUCUCUGGGACAAGUUACUACCAUGUGGCUCUUGAGAAAGAACUGGCCCUUCUUCACCGAAAAGAUGCAGCCCUUGUCUUCUCCUCAUGCUUUGUGGCUAAUGAUUCCACCCUCUUCACUCUGGCAAAAAUGCUUCCAGGAUGUGAAAUCUAUUCAGACAUGGGGAAUCAUGCCUCCAUGAUUCAGGGCAUCAGGAAUAGUGGAGCCAACCGUUUCAUCUUCCGUCACAAUGAUGCAAAACAUCUAGAAGAGCUUCUCAGUCGCGCCGAUCCAAAGACACCUAAAAUUGUGGCAUUUGAAACAGUGCACUCCAUGGACGGUGCUAUCUGCCCUCUGGAAGAGCUGUGUGACAUUGCACACAAAUAUGGCGCUCUCACCUUUGUGGAUGAGGUUCAUGCAGUAGGCCUGUAUGGACCACAUGGAGCAGGGGUCGGUGAGAGAGAUGGCAUCAUGCACAAGAUUGAUAUUGUCUCUGGUACACUGGGUAAGGCAUUUGGCUGUGUGGGAGGCUACAUAGCCAGCACUGCUGCACUGGUGGACACAGUGCGAUCCUAUGCAGCAGGCUUCAUCUUCACCACUUCACUGCCUCCAAUGGUGCUGGCUGGAGCUCUGGAGUCUGUACGGGUUCUGAUGAGCUCAGAGGGUCAGGCUCUGCGCCGAGCUCACCAGAGGAAUGUUAAGCAUAUGAGGCAGCUUUUGUUGGAUGCAGGUCUGCCUGUCAUCAAUUGCCCAAGCCAUAUUAUCCCAAUACGGGUUGGAAAUGCAGAGCAAAACUCCAAGGUGUGUGAUAUUCUGCUGGAGAGACACAAUAUAUAUGUACAGGCAAUAAACUACCCAACUGUGCCACGUGGAGAAGAGCUUCUGCGUUUGGCACCAUCCCCUUUCCACAACCCCAUCAUGAUGGACUACUUUGUGGAAAAAUUGGUGGACAUAUGGCAGGAAGUUGGACUGCCGCUCAAUACCUCUGCAACAGCCUCCUGCACUUUCUGUGACCGUCCCCUCAACUUUGACCUUAUGAGCGAGUGGGAGAAAAGUUACUUUGGCAACAUGGAACCAAGAUAUAUUACAGUUGCAGCACAAUAAGAAUGAUGAAAGGGAAGAACGAUGGAAAGCAGCAUUUAGUAUAACCAGCUGGCAUCAUUAUUAAAGAAAAGGUCAUAAAUGUUGAGAUAUCACCUUUCACACUGUCAUACAUUAUUGUCGCCUGCUGCAGUUACAUUAUUAGUACUAGCUUUGGUGCUUUUGGAUUUUAUACCGUAUUAUGGAAUAUUAAUGUUGUGUCCCUUCUGCAUAUUAAAAACCUGCACAUGGGCACUUUUAAUGGAAAUUAUUAAAAAAUAUUUAAAUACUUUUUAUUUUAUUAAAUAUUUUUACUCACAUUUCUUUUAUCAAAUACAGGUCCUGUACUAAAUCUCUCUGCAUAAAGCCUCAUCCAGGUCCCUUAUGCAUGAGACUUUUGGAUGUAAUAGCUACAGUAAUAUCCUAAAAUCUUGCCUACAGUCUAAAUAUCAUCAGCCAUAGAGUUACACUUGCUAAUUUCAUAACAACUGUCCUUGUGGAAAGAGUUAGGAUUAAAACCUUAAAGUUUUCACAUUAUCUUUGCUAUUUGGGUAAUGCAUUAAGGCAGGAAUGUGCAUGAUGACCUCAGAAAAUGCAGCGUCAGCCUGCUUUGCUUACUUAGAUCAUUUUAUAUUCUUGAAGCCAUGGUUUUAUAAGAAAGGAAAUAAAACUUGUAUUGCUCUUGUAUUGCA